GCAACUUGUUGCCAAGGCAACAGAAAAAUAUAAACAACUUUUAUUUUGGUUGCAAUGGAUUGGGCUGAAGAAUUAAAAAUGACAAUUAGAAAGACGACGGCGAGAAAAGGACGUCGUUCAAAGAGUCGUGAUGCAUUAAGUGAUCAAGUUCAAGCUGGAACUUCGAGUGCCGCGUCAACACACUUGCUAAACAAGGAUAUAUCAAUAGAUAUAACCUUGGAUAUACAGAAUGCUAACAGUAACAGCCCCCCUACUACAACUGCAACAUCGGCCAGCACUUAUAAUAAUGAGUUUGAUUCAAGUCGGCCGCCAAUUAGACGGGUAUCUGGAGGUUGGGCUGAUUCCGGUUUAAAGGGAUUAAAAUCAAAGAAGAAUUCGUUUGACGACGAGCGAUUUCAGAUUUCAAAGUCAGCUACAAGCACAAUUCCUACAGAUGAUAUACCCAUCAUACCGGACUUGGAUGAUGUACGCGAUGAGAUAUUGUUAAAUGAAAUAGUGGAGCCUCCCUCCGGUUCAAUUAACCAUGAAGUGGCAUUUAAGGAGCUGAGUUCUGACUUAUUAUCGCAGAAUGCCUUUACAGCAAUUGAAAACGUUGAUUUAUCCAUACUAACACGUUGUUUGCAGAUACAAGAAGCGCUCGACGAACCUGAUGAAGUCUGGGAAUGGGAUAAACUCUUUACUGAGAUCACAGCUCAAAUAAAUUCUGAUAAAAACCAAAAUUCUGGCGUGCCGGAAAAGGUAGAAAUCGGACCCGAUGAAAUACCUCCGGCAGCUAAACUAUAUUAGUUCUCUAUAAUAUCCUUUUAAUAAUGUAAUAAAUGAAUAUUUAGUAUAUCACAAUUU